AUGCUCGAGAGCUACGUUGCCUCACCCCUGCUCUCACCCUUGACGCUCGAGCUGGAGGAUCGACAAACGCUAAACGAGCUUUACAAUGCUCUGCACAAUCGCAGCGAGCUCCUGUGGACCAAUGAGAUGAAGAAUUACUUGGGCCAGCCUGAGAUUGUCCGUCUCCUCCUCAAAGACAUCUUCCCGACCAAGCGUCUGAACGUUCAGAGGUCACACCAUGCUCUCCAGCUGCUGACGUUGCGCCAGGGCUCGCCUGGCUUGCCGAGCCUCGUUCUCAGCGAGCACCUCGAGGACUUUGCUGAGCAUGUGGUCCAUUCUUGGCUCCACGACAACACACUUUUUUACAACAAGCAUGUUCAGUCAUUGAUUCGUGAAGUGUUUGCUUGUGAUCGAGCCGACUUUCUGGCCGCGCUGCAUCAGAGCUUGCUUCCUCAUCGACACGCCCACGCAUCCCGCGCCCGAGAUUGGCCAUACAAUCAGGUCGUCCUGGCUGCACGCAGCCUGGUGGGUUCCAUUCUUCCUUGCCUACAGACGACAAUUCCCGCCAACUCGCUGCUCGGUGCACAGCCGCUGACACAGCAUCAAUAUGAUAUCUGGGACUGGCUGACUCGCCAGCAGUACAUGGUGCAAAUUCUACGGGCUGCUGGCGUUGCCAACAACGACGCACAGGCAUCGAUUGAGUUGGUUCCUGCCGUGCAGGAAUGGCUGCGCGCACAUCACGGUGUCACCGAUACACAGCGACUGGUGCAUGGCAUCACGCCCAAUCGCUCGCAUGCCAUCACCUUUGCUCUCGAGCGCAUGGAUCAGCAAGGCGUUCCGAGUGUCACGCGCCCCUUUAUCAAGCUACUCAGCAGUUUACUUGGGCACUGUCUGGAGUGGUUGCUAGUGGGAUUGCGUGGGUUGUCGACCCUGGCAGAGGCUGAGGUGGCGACGGGUCGUUGGCAGGCGUUGGAAGCUAGCCUGCCGGUGAAUUGGACCACGGUGCUGGGCCAAGUGGUCCUCGAGCUCGGGGAUGCCGACGUUGUGCACAACGUCAACUAUCGUCUCUUGCGCCUGGUGUUUGUGGAGAGCUCGCUGGAGCGCCUGGAGGCACUGUUCACGCCAGAAUUUUGUGAAGCGUUUGGUGCCUUGCUCACCGAGCCCUCACGACGAGGGCGAAGCGUCUUUGCGCGCCUGAUCUUCAAGGCCGCCGCCGAGCUCUUGGACCAACAAGACGCCGUGUUGAUUCAGUGUCAUUCGUUGGUGGCCAUGGUGGCUGCGCAUCGGCACCAAACUGGGUCUCACCGGGGACCGGAGCAGGACACACCAGCCUUAUCGUCCUCAUCGGGGUCGGGCCAAAACGCCGGGCCUGCCUGCGAUUACACAUCUCCGCCCGACGCGACGGAUGCCAGGCGCCACGUCUCCAAGCUCAGCAAGGUGCAGACGGACCAAGGCAAUAUUCUCCGUCAACCCAACCUCCAUCCCAGCAGCGAAGGCUCAUCAAUCAUCUAG